AUGAGCUCGUCGUUAGCAGCGUUUCGUAUAGCGGGACUUCCGCCAGAUUUCUACUACAUUCCCAAUUUCAUCUCGGUAGAAGAAGAAGCUUCGAUUUUGCAAAAGAUCCCCGCCCAGCGCUGGACACACCUCACCCGCCGACGCCUACAAGCCCACCCCUCCACUCUGACCAAAAACAACACGCUCCUCGCCGCGCCCCUACCAGCCUAUCUCACCCACCCUGUUUUCCAGCGCUUCAAGGAGCGGGGGGUUUUCGAGGGGACGCCGCAUCGGCAGCCGAAUCAUGUGUUGAUCAACGAGUAUAGGCCGGGUGAGGGAAUUAUGCCGCAUGAGGAUGGCGGUGCGUAUGCGCCUGUUGUAGCGACUGUGAGUCUGGGUGGCGCGGUGUGUCUGGAAGUUAGUUCGAAAGCGAGCGGGAACGAAGACGAUGGGACUACCACGAGCGAACCUGCGGAUUGCAAGGACAGCGAAGGUAGCCUGGAUGAGGGUUUGACGUCGACGAUGGGGUAUACGAUUCCCACCCGUAUUUUCCAGGAACCGCGCUCAUUACUUAUUACUACUGGCGUUGCGUAUCGCGAUUUACUCCAUGGGAUUGCGUCGGUCGAGGUUGAUGAGGGGUUGAGUGCGAAGACGGUUGCGAAUUGGGGGUUACUUGCUGAACCAGGGGUUAUUGAGGAUGCGGGAGGGCGAAAUGUGAGGGGUACGAGGAUCAGUCUUACGUAUCGUGAUGUGCUGAAGGUUAGUUCGGCGGCGAGUAAGGUCUUUGGCGGGUUGCAGAAACGGUGA